AUGGUCAGGAAAAAUUUCAUACCAUCUGUCUCACUUGUCGGAAGAGACAUUCCCAAACUAACCAGCACUACGGCUAGUUCAACUACCGUGUCAGCCUCUGCAUCAGAAGUAGCGUCCCACACGACUUCCAAGUCCUUGCCGUCAUUGAACACCGCGCUUUCCAGUUCGAAGACAUCGUCGUCAUCGCUAAUUGCUCCGACGAUAACACCGCCUUCUACUUUGGGGAACCCGUUUAUACUGAACGCUGCCCAUAAGACUAAUGGAACCGUGUAUAUUGCUGUAGGCGCUAUCAUAGGCGCCAUUUUUGUUAGCAUCUUUAUAUGGUGGUUAUACUCCAGCUAUUUGGCCCGUCGUUCCGCGAUAAAUGUUUCCUAUCCAAAUGAUAGCAAGAGUUUUUACAAGGGACAUCAUAAACACACUUCUUCUUUGCAAAGCAAUCCGUUCGACAUUAAUGAUGAAAAGUCUUUCAUGCAGGAUGACUGGGAUUCGAUAAGUCAAUUGGAAUCUAAUGAGGAAAAUGUUUCUCCAUUCAACCCAAUUCAAGACCCAUUCGCGGAUAAUAGAAGGAACUUAUUCAUAUCGCCUACUUUGCAAGUAUCACAGCAUGAAAAAGGCCAUAGUCGUCAUCAAUCAAGGGACACCAUUAGCAGUUUCAUUGAUGAUAAAUCCUUGUACAUAGGCAACUACAUGGAAAAUCAAGAAGACGAAGAAGAUGAAGAAGAGAGAAAGCUGAAUCUGAAUAGACCACAAAGGGCAGCAUCACCCGAAAGGAAGGAAAAGAAAACCAAUUCAAUGAAAGGUUACCAUAAAAAAAACAAAUCCUCAUUGGGUCUUAUACCGGUAGCUUCUGCCACUUCCAAUACCAGCUCACCCAAAAAGGCUCAUAAGAGGCAGGCGCCAUCAAUGUUUUUGGAUGAUAUCUUGAAUGGCAAAGAAAAAAUAGAGACUAUAUAG